CCCACUGCCUGGGCCUUGUUCUGUCUGUCUCACUGUGUCUCUGCAUGGCGUGUGGUGUGGUGUGGGCGUGGCUCGCUGCAGGGGCCGUACCUGGUGCACGGAGAACAGAAGCGGGAAGGGCCUCGUUCGGAGUGCGGUGGCAGCGGCAGUCUCCAUGACUACCAGAGUGACCAGGGAGGGAAGCAGCAACAGCAGCAGCACCAGCAGCAGAAGCAGCAGACCUACCUGCACUCCUCGCGGGGCCAGCUACGGGGAGGGGGUGGGAGGGGCCUGUCCCGGCAGGACACCUUUGACUCGGAGACGCAGGGCAGUCGGGACUCGGCCUACACUGAAGCAGGGGACUCUUGCAUGGACAUUGAGACCGACCCCUACGAGGAGUCUGAGAUGUACCGCGGGGUAGGGGGCGGGGGCAGCCGCCUCCACCUGGCCCAGCACCACGGCCGCCAGGCCUCCUGGGAAGACGAGGGGGCCGAGCCGGAUCAGGAGAACCUCAACCACCCUCCCAUGCCCUCCCACACCCAGCCUGAGCAACACAGCCGGGCCAAGCUAAGGGAGAGGUACUGCCAGGAACCCGGGGACACCGGGGCGAACAUGGGCCGCAACAAGAACCAGGAGGACUGGGGGAGGGACGUGUACAUCCGCUGAACACACACCACAACACAUGGGCUAGGAGGCUGAUGGACAGACUGGGGGAGGGAGGUAGGGAGGAAAGGGGUUUCACGGUUAGGGCUAGGGGGUCAGCGGGGAGAGGAGGGUGGGUUUGGGGGCCAUGCCAAUCAGAAGCCCAUUAAUUAAUCUGUUUACAACCCUUAUUAAAGAGGUACUUUUCUCAUAGUUGAGUACGCUGUAAAGAAGAAAACAACUGCCAGAUGCCAUACACCUCAUCCAAUUAUUUUAGCUAUAUUCAAUUUAUUUACGUUUUGAGAAAAAAAAGCAGUUUGGUUGGUCUCUUUUUAGUUUCUUUUGUUAAUACUACUGCAUGAAUACCAUGGAAUCCUACUGAACUGACAGCACGAGGACAGUUAUCAUUAUGAUUGUGAAUUUAUGAUUGUGAUCUGUAUGGCUCAAUCUCUGUAGUGUAGAAUGUGAAGGCUGAUAGAGCUGUAGUCUGUCGUGUCUGUCCUCUGUCAUCUUAAACAGGGUUGAAUGUCCCAUGUACAGUACAGAGCAUCAGGGUCUCUAUCCCCACAGCUUCAGAGGCUCAGCUUCCGGAUUCAGACACUUUCAGGAUGGAUCCUAAGCUUUUUGAGUCCCUCUCCUCCGAUUCCUCAUCACCCAGACCUUAAAAGCUAUCUGGAUGGAAAAGUUGCCAUAAAUGUCUUUAGAAUAGUUUAUUGAGAUAAUUGGUUUAUUCGUUUUGACGCUUACCUUAAUGUUAAGAAUAAAAGGAAACACCCCAAAGAUACUACUUCUUCUUCCCUAACCGGCUUCAGCCAUAGCAUUUAAAUAGAACUGUAUUUGUCUGGUCUGGUUUUCCACAUCUGCUAUUUUAGGGAUACUGUCUGUCUGUGGGUGAUAGUUUCGCUCGUGUAGUAUACAUUUGUCUUUUCGAAUGUGGUACAGUUCAUAAGCCGCACUACAGUAGUCGUCGCGUGAAUGAAAUAUCUUACCUAAUAGUCUCUCACACCGUCAGACUUUACUUCAAGAAAACUCCAAUCACAAGUGCCGGAAUGUUUCGCCAAGCCACGCCCACCAUUGUCAUGGUGGGAUGGAUGUCUUAACUCUUGUCACACUCGCUGUUUUCAUAUCUGUGUGUCUCUACUGUAUGUGUCUUCUUGGCUUUACUACCCUGCACUGUAGCCAACCCUGUUGCUCCAGCACGAUGUCCACCACCAUCUUGUUUUCUCUGCACCAGCUUUGUGUCGUUUACUUGUUGUAGGGCACACUAACAGUUAUAUACGAGUUGUUUUGCGUGGUAAAUCACCCCAAAUGUUCAACCAAACAGCUAGCAUGUCUGAAUGUCAGAUGCCAUCCACUUCUCUUCUUGAUUUCUGACUGACUUUAGUGUCGUUUUUCCUGUGGACAUUUGUAUUUUACAAGGUCUUCAGUUAUUUAGCCCUAGUGAGAAGAGUGUAAAGGGUGGUGGGGAUAGGUACACAACAUGGUCUUCAACUCAGUUAACUAAAUGGAGGAUCCACAAAUGUUUUUGGUGGGCUCCUUCUGCCCACCCCUUUCUUCAGUCAAAUAAAUAAAUAUUAAAUAAUGAUUCGUAAAUAAUGUUUAUUGUUGCGUUAUUGCAAUUGUUAAAAAGAUGGAAGAACAUUUAUAAUUGGUGCCUGAUUGUAGCUACAUUUAGCUUUUUCUGCCUUUCAUUUUUAAUCUGUGGAUAAAUUCGUAUUUUAAUUAAAAUUUUCAUCAGGAAAAAAAAA